UUAUUUCUGUAAAAUGAUGAAAAUGGCUUUAAACAAUAGCCUUAUCAGAAGAAUUGAAAAAAAUACUAUACUGUCAAGCUUCCAAUAAUAGGUCUUUUAUUUUGAACAAAUAAACAGCCUGCAUUCAUAAAUGCCAACUAUGGUGUUAUGAUAAGGCCAUUAGUAGCCUAUUUGUUCACUUCUUGAUAGAAACAAAAUUUUAAAUUCCAUAUCAUUCCAAAAAUCCCAAGAUUUAAUGAAAAGUUAACAAUAAAUCACAAGAUCCCAAAGUGUGAAAAAGUUAAUUAAAAAUCCCAAGAUAUGAAAAGUUAAAUUAAAAAUCCCAAGAUCUUGGGAUAAAUCCCGCUGUGGCCACACUGUUCGGGUUGUAAAGGCUUGUAGCACCGCUUGUUGUUAGGGCGCAGUUUGGAGCUAGAGGGCGUACCAUUUGAUAAACAUUCCGUUCGGAAUUUUUUCUUGCUGCUGUUUGUCUCUUGUGGUUAUACUGCUCACAAAAAUCACAAAUGAUAAGUCAGUCUGUAUAGGCCUAGCCUUUUUUAAAUACAAAGAUUAACGAUGUCGUCGUGUAAAAGAUGUGCACCUCAAGUAUUUCGAUGUUUUGAUGUUUUAGUUUUUCUUAUCGUUGUAAUUAUUGCUAUUCUGUUUCGAGUUCCUGGAUUGAAUCUUCCACUAUUCAUUCAGGGGUUUUACUGUGACGAUGCCUCUAUCAGUUACCCAUACAUCCCCUCUACUGUACCAAUUGGAGUCGUUUAUAGUGUCGGAAUCAUUAUGAAUUGUUUACUUAUCCUGAUUGCUGAAAUCAUUACAUACAACAAACGCAAACAACAAGGCAUACAGUACUUGCAGGCUGAUACCGUGAACCGGUGCUGCGGUUUUCCAGUCCAUCCUGUGCUCUAUGAAGUAGCCAAGUACUGGAUCCUCUUUGCCUUUGGCCUUUUCCUCACCAUGGUCACCUUUGACGUCACGAAAAAUAUUGUCGGUCGCUUAAGGCCAAAUUUCUUGGACGUCUGCCAAGUUAAUUUAACUUUGGUGGAUUGUAAUAAUGGUCCGUUCCGAGCUUACGUUGUGGAUGAUGUCUGUACAGGACCAAUUGAAGAUGUUUUGGCAUCAAGGCGAUCAUUCCCAUCAGGACAUUCAGCCUUGGCAGUUUACUUCAUGUUGUAUGCAUCGCUGUACCUUGAGAGUCGCUGGAGCUGGCAUGGAUCAUACCUGUUGAAACCCUUCACCCAGCUAUGCCUUAUGUACCUCGCUUUCUAUGUCUGUGUCAGUCGUAUGCUUGACAACAAGCAUCACCUUGGCGAUGUGUUUUGUGGAGCUUUCAUUGGUGCAAUUUAUGCCUUAAUCAUUGUUUUUUGGUUGUCAAAUCUUUUUCAUCAUCGUUGCGGUCAAGACCAACAUGAGCAUGACUGUUGCGGCACAGACACAAUGCUAGUUGAGAUGAACACAACGAGUAGCAAAAAGUCAAUUCAAUACCACUUAUAUUGCAAUAAUAUAGAUUUCUGAUGGAUAUGUACAAUUGUUGGUACCUUGGUUGCCCCUUUUUAAGGUAUGUCUUUAGGCAAAAGAAACUUAUUGCAAUUGAAUAUUUUGUGGCACUUACCGUUAUAUGCAUGUUUGAAUGCAGCAUACAGAUUUCAGUUCAUACUGUACUGAAAUAUUCUGAUUGAUUGUUUUAAGAAGAAAAUAAGAAUGAUGCAAUUUUAAAUGAAUACAUUUUCAUGUAGGUAUGAUAAUUAUUCAGUGAUAAUAUAUAAUAAAUCAGUCAUUUUCAGUGCAUGUUCUUGAUUUUUGUCACUUAAGUUUUUAAUCAGAUAUAAAAAAAAAUAUAU